GGCAAAUCGCAAUUUUAGAUUCGCUAGAAUUCUAGUAGAUAUCUAGAUAUUUGAUUUCUAUAAAUAUGAAUAGAUUUCAGAACUCAGAUUCACACCACACAAACUCACUCAAAAUCCCUGCAGUCCAGCUGAUUUACUGAUUAUAUUUAAAAAAAAAAGCUCUUCAUCUCUUACCAGUCUACUACUCGCCCAGCUUUCAAGCUCCAACUUUCUUUCUUCUUCUUUGGUCUUCCCCUGAGUUUGCAACUCAGGUAAUUAAGGGUUCUUGUAAUCAGUCCAUCGCAAUCGUACCCUGAAUUGCUGUUCCAUGGCUCCUUUUCUUGUUGUUCAUCUUAUUUUCCUUCUCUUUAUUCAAUCCCAUCUCUGCUUUUCUUCGAAAGAUACAGUCUUCCUACCGCUCAAAACCCAGGUAAUCCCUUCUCUCUCCUUUCCAAAACCUGCUAACAAGCUCUCCUUCCACCACAACGUCAGCUUAACGGUCUCUCUCACGGUCGGGACACCUCCACAAAACGUUACCAUGGUACUUGACACCGGAAGCGAGCUCUCCUGGCUUCACUGUAAAAAAUCCCCAAAUUUGCAGACCACAUUCGACCCACUUCGCUCCUCUUCCUAUUCUCCGAUUCCCUGUACUACGCCCACCUGUAUGACUCGAACCAGCAACUUCCCUAUACCCGUCUCGUGCGACCCAAACAAACUCUGCCACGCCACACUCUCAUAUGCAGACAUGUCUACCAGUGAAGGAAACCUCGCGUACGAUACUUUCUACAUCGGGAGUUCGCCUAUACCAGGGACGAUCUUUGGCUGCAUGGAUUCCAGUAGUAGCACCUCUGACGAAGAUUCGAAGACUACAGGGUUAAUGGGUAUGAAUCGAGGUUCUCUCUCAUUCGUUUCUCAGAUGAGUUUCCCGAAAUUCUCCUACUGCAUCUCGGAUCGUGAUUCCUCUGGCGUACUACUGCUUGGGGAUGCGAGCUUCUCCUGGCUCAGCCCGUUAAACUACACUCCGCUGAUCCAAAUUUCCACUCCGUUACCCUACUUUGACCGAGUCGCUUACACGGUUCAGCUGGAAGGGAUUAGGGUUUCAGAGAAGGUACUUCCGCUGCCCAAAUCGGUGUUCGUGCCGGACCACACGGGAGCGGGUCAGACGAUGGUCGACUCGGGGACCCAAUUCACCUUCCUACUCGGUCCAGCUUACACGGCGUUGAAGAACGAGUUCUUGCAGCAGACUAAAGGGGUUUUGACGGUUUUGGAGGAGCCGGACUUCACCUUUCAAGGAGCGAUGGAUUUGUGUUACCGGGUUCCAUUGACUCAGCAGAGUCUGCCACCAUUGCCGACGGUGAGUCUAAUGUUUCGUGGGGCCGAGAUGACGGUAUCGGGGGAUCCCCUGUUGUAUCGGGUACCAGGGGAGGUGAGAGGUAGUGAUGCGGUCUACUGUUUCACUUUUGGGAACUCUGAUCUGUUGGGGGUGGAGGCGUACGUUAUUGGGCAUCAUCACCAACAGAACGUGUGGGUGGAAUUCGAUCUGCAAAGAUCAAGGGUGGGUUUGGCCCCGGUUAGGUGUGAUCUGGCGGGUCAAAAGUUAAGCAUGCGUCUUUAGUAUUUUGAGUUGAGUUAUUGUGGUGUAGUUUUCGGGAUCGUCCUACUGUAAUGAUCCCUACUCCCGACGAAAAGGAAGGAGUAAAGGAGUUUUCUGUUUAAUAGGUCCAUGCUGUCCAAUCCAUGGCCCACCUCUUUGGGGGUACCGGCUACUGUGCAAAUAUCA